AUGCGCCGAUGGAAGCAGUUGUCUACGGUGCUCGGGGUUGCUUCGUUUUUAGCCGUGCUGAUUUUUGAGGUUGUGGACUGGCUGAACUGGUUGGAUCGUGAUCCGCGACGCUGGAAUAUGGCGUAUAAUCAGUCAUAUAUGCCCUUACGCAUUCCAGGAUGGUUGUUUAUCAUUAUCUGGACAUUUUUCAAUAACUUUCCGUACAUUCUCUCACAGCAGCUGUACAUCAGUUUACUGUUGUAUUCUCGGAUAUUGAAAGAAGCUCUAACUGAUAUUCACCGCUGUUUACCGGUACGAAACAAGAAAGCAUUUGAACAGGUCACAGGACAGCGUGUCGAGGAGAAAACCUCAAUUUCUUACCCGGAAGUAAAAAUGUUAAAGCAUCGCUAUUUGGAUGUAUUACGCUGUUCUUCGGAUCUGAAUGGUGCAUUUGGAAAUUCGCUGUUUGUCAUUUACGGAUUGGACUUGCUGGCCAUGUGCGGGUUUGUCGCCGCGAUUGCAACCGAUAAGGAACCGCAACUUUCGGCCUACUUGGUGAAUUACGUCAGUGUGGUCGUAUUUUCUGCGUACAUCAGCUGCAUGGGACUGAUGGCUGGAAUGCACGAAGAGUGUCAAGCGCUCGGUCUAGCAUUAUACGAAGCAAUGGAGCAGACAGAAACUGGUUCCCAAACGGCAGUCUUUCAGAUGGAAUCAUAUGUGGGCAGCUUCAUUACCCUGGUUCGUGAUCAUCCUGUAGUAUUGACGGGGGCCGAUAUUUUCCAUGUUACGCGCAGUUUUCUUGUUGGCACUGUAACCUUCAUCAUAUCAUCAACAAUUUUGCUAAGCGAGAUUUCGGAACGGACAAAGACCACCGAUGAGACGGCAGGCAGCCAUAAUUUCAGCUGUCAAGUGGUCAAUGCAACGGCUGCUUUUCAAAUAUUCACAAGGAAUUCAUCUGCGUCUAGUUCACGAUUGUAA